AUGUCUAUCGAAAACUCUGUUAUUGUUCCUGCCUACCACGAAAGGCUAAACAUCAAGCCAUUGACCACCAGACUAUUCCAAGCUCUAGGUAAAGAAGGAUCCAACAUCACCGAAUUGAUCUUUGUUGAUGACAACUCGCAAGAUGGUUCUGUUGAAGAGGUGGAUGCCCUAAAGAAGCAAGGUUACAAUGUUAGAAUUAUUGUGAGAACGGACGAGAGAGGUCUCUCCUCUGCUGUUUUGAAGGGUUUCCACGAGGCCAAGGGUGAAUACUUGGUCUGUAUGGAUGCUGAUUUGCAACACCCUCCAGAAACAGUGCCACAAUUAUUGGACUCUUUGAGAAAACACCCAUUCGUAUUGGGUACCAGAUACGCUCCAGGCGUUGGUAUUGACAAGGACUGGCCAUUGUACCGUAGAAUCAUCUCCAGCGGUGCCAGAUCCAUGGCUAAGCCCCUAACCUCUGCCUCAGACCCAAUGAGUGGUUUCUUUGGUCUACAAAAGAAGUACUUACUGCAUAAGGACGCCAAGAACAUCAACCCUAAGGGUUUCAAGAUCGCCUUGGACUUGCUAGUCAAACUUCCACUUCCUGCUGAUCAACCAAUCGGCGAAGUGCCUUUCUUCUUUGGUGUCAGAACCGAAGGUGAGUCUAAAUUGAGUGGUAAGGUCAUCAUCCAGUACCUACAACAAUUGAAGGAAUUGUACAACUACAAGUUCGGAAGCAACAACUUACUGCUGUUCUUCUUGUUCUGGACCAUCCUGGCCUUGUACAUCCUGUACCAAGCGUACCAUUUGGUUUUCUAA